AUGAGAAAUGAAGAAGCCUCAAGGCCACGCCGCACAAUCAUCAAACCCGCAAUAUUCCGAUCCCCAUAUUUGGUCAAGUACUCCCACCUAAUAGAAGAGAAAAGAGGAAAGCGACAAAUAGACAACACCUACUUGGCAGACUUUGCUUUUGAUGCUGGAGAUAAUGAGGACUUGCUCUACGAUGACGGUGACACAUUCCUCAACAGAUCCCAGUUCCUUACUUUGGGGAACGACGUCGAAAUUUGGAACGGCUUCCUUGAUGCAUGGGCACGUAUCCUCAACCAAAGGAACUCGGAUCGAAUGGCCGGCUCAACUCAACGACUUUUCUUCUCAACCAUAGCACAUCACUUAUUGUUCCCCAAUGCUUCAAAUCCUCCCCCGAGCACCCCUGAGCAAGAGCAAGAAGAUAGAAAGAUUGCAAGGCUCACUGAGAAUACAAGGAUGGAGCAAUUUGUUGAAAGGCUCACCUAUGAGUGCAGAGACCAGGGCAUUACAAAUGUCAACCAAUUUGACUUGGUAAGCUCUUUCAUAACUGUCAUUGUGUUUUACUCUACAUUGCCACAUAGUAGUAUGUACAUUUUCGUAUCCUACAAUGUUCGCUGGUUUUGUCUAUAUGUACAUUGCUUUUCACACAUCUGUGAAUAUAUCACCUCAAUUACUUGUUGUACAUUGACAUUCGCAUCAUUGAUCACUAUGGUUCAGCACCUGUCUUACAUGUUAUCUUCCCUGUUCCAAUAAUGUAAACUGCUUGCUGUACAUUGU